AUGGCGGCGCACGGAGGGAUGAGGGCGGGGCAAGAUGGCGGCGCCCGUGCGGCGUACGGGGGUGGGGUUACGGUGAGAUGGCGGCGACCGCGGGGCGGGGCGAGGGGGCGGGGCCGAGGGCGGGGCGGGAAGCGACGCGGAAUGGACGGCGGCGAGCGGCUCCUCCCCAAGGGCUUCCCCAAGCUGAAGAAUGACACGUUCCUGCGUGCGGCACGCGGUGAGGAGACGGAGCACACCCCGGUGUGGUGCAUGCGGCAGGCGGGACGCUACCUACCUGAGUUUCGGGAGACCCGGGCCACUCAGGAUUUCUUUGACACUUGCCGGAGUCCCAAACUGUGCUGUGAGCUGACGUUGCAGCCACUCAGACGAUUCCCCCUGGAUGCUGCUAUCAUUUUCUCUGACAUCUUGGUGGUGCCCCAGGCACUGGGCAUGGAGGUUGUCAUGGUCCCCGGCAAAGGACCCAUGUUUCCAGAGCCCCUGAAGGAGGUGGAGGAUCUACUGAAACUACGGCAGAAAGUGGACGUGACUGCAGAACUGGGUUACGUCUUCCAGGCUAUCACACUGACACGGCACAGCCUGGAGGGCAAGGUGCCCCUCAUCGGCUUCUCCGGGGCACCUUGGACGCUUAUGUCCUACAUGGUUGAAGGGGGUGGCUCUGCUACAAUGGCAAAGGCCAAAAGCUGGCUGUACCGUCACCCUGAAGCAAGCCACCGACUGCUACGGCUGCUGACUGAUGUUGUCACUGACUACCUCGUGGGGCAGGUGGCUGCUGGAGCGCAGGCGCUCCAACUGUUUGAGUCCCAUGCAGGGCAUUUAGGCCCAGAACAGUUUCAGGAGUUCGCCCUGCCAUACAUCCGAGACAUCGCCCGGGAUGUUAAGAGCAAGCUGAAAGCAGAGGCACUGCCACUGGUGCCCAUGAUUGUCUUUGCGAAGGAUGCACACUACGCACUGCGUGAUUUGGCACAAGCUGGCUACGAGGUUGUCGGUCUUGACUGGACCAUCCAGCCCCAGGAAGCUCGUGCACAGGUAGGGAAAGGUGUCACCCUGCAAGGAAACCUGGAUCCCUGUGCUCUCUAUGCACCCAAGGAGAAGAUUGGCGAGCUGGUGAAGAAAAUGCUGGAGAGCUUUGGAACCCAACGCUACAUUGCCAACCUGGGUCACGGCCUCUACCCAGACAUGAACCCUGAGCACGUGGGUGCCUUUGUGGAGGCUGUGCAUGCUCAUUCCCGCCACAUCAAUAAACAUGGCUGAGCCUGGGGACAGGA